AUGGAGCGGCCGCGGUUCCCCCUCGGGCCCGGUCCCUCGGCCCCGGGCAGGCUGCGGGGCCUGGUGGGCCGAGCUCAGCGCCUGCCGCCGCCCGGGCCCGCCGAGCUGCCGCUGUGCGCGCUGCUGCGGGGGCUGAGCCUGGAGCCCCACGGCGGGGCCCGCGGGGGGCCGGGCCCGAGGCCUCCCUCCGUUGAGAGCCCGGUGCAGGCCCCGCCGCGGCCCGGCCCCGAGCCCUGUGGUGAUCACGUGACAGCGGCGCUGCCGGCGCGCGGGCGGGGGCCGGGGGCGAAGGCGGCACCGAAGGGCACAGCCCUGGCUCUGGGGCUGAACUCGGUGAGCAUCCAGUGCCAGAACGAAGCCGUGUUCCAGUACCACGUCACCUUCAGCCCCGAGGUGGAGUGCAGGAGCGUGCGCUUGGCCAUGCUGAAGGAGCACCGCGCCGUGCUGGGGGACGUGAUGGCCUUCGAUGGCGUCAUCCUCUUCCUGCCCAUCCAGCUCCUGCAGCUCCUCACCCUGAAGGUGCAGAGGAGGAGCGACGGGGAGGAGGUCACCAUCAGCAUCCAGCUCACCAAGGUCCUGGAGCCCAGCUCCGAUCUCUGCAUCCCCUUUUACAACGUGGUGUUCCGCAGGGUGAUGAGGAUCUUGGACAUGCAGCUGGUGGGGAGGAACUUCUUUGAGCCCACGCAGGCCACCACGUUACAGCAGUACAGGCUGCAGGUUUGGCCGGGGUACGCCGUCAGCAUCCGGAAGAAGGACGGGGGCCUCUUCCUCUUGGUGGAUUCCAUCCAUAAAGUGGUCUGGAGCGAGUCCGUGCUGCAGUUCAUGCACAGCGUCUACAAGCAGAGGCCGGGCAGCUUCCAGGAGGAGUGCGUGAAGCAGCUGGUGGGCAGCGUGGUCAUCACCCGCUACAACAACCGCACCUACCGCCUGGACGACAUCGACUGGAGCAAGACCCCCCAGGACACCUUCACCAUGGCCAGCGGAGAGGCCCUCACCUUCCUCACCUACUACAGCAAAACCUAUGGGAUCACCAUCAAGGAGCUGGAGCAGCCGCUGCUGGUCCAUAGGCCGAAGGAGAAGCUGACUCCGCAGGGGAAGCGCUGCUUGGACUUGGUGCUGCUGGUGCCGGAGCUCACCUUCCUGACCGGCAUUCCUGACAUGAGGAAGGAGAGCCGGAUGCUGAAGGACGUGACGGGGGCGAUGCUGCAGAGCCCGCAGCAGCACUACCUGCGCCUCAGCAGCCUCCUGCACCGCGUCCGCUGCAGCGCCGAGGCCUCGCGGGAGCUGCAGCGCUGGGGGCUGCGCCUCGGCCCCGACAUCCACAGGACCCAGGGCCGGGUGCUGCCCAUGGAGAGGAUCAACCUGCGCCAGGGCUCCUUCACCCCCUGCGAGGACCGGAGCUGGGCCAAGGCGGUCGUCAGGGAAGCCUCCAUCUCGGCGAUCUCCAUGAAUUACUGGCUCCUGGUGUACCCCAAGCGCCUGCAGCACCUGGCCAAGGACCUGGUGGCCGCCAUGGAGAGCGCAUGCGGCCCCCUUGGGAUGCACAUGAACCAGCCUGCACUGGUGGAGCUCAAGGACGACCGCAUCGAGAGCUACGCCAGGGGCAUCCGCAGCAUGCUGAGCAGUGAGGAGAAGGUGCAGAUCCUGCUGUGCAUCAUCUCGGGCGGCCGCGAGGAUCUGUAUGCGGCCGUCAAGAAGCUGUGCUGCGUGCAGUGCCCCGUGCCCUCCCAGGUGAUCAACGCGCAGACGCUGAGCGGGCACCCGGGGAAGCUGCGCAGCGUGGUGCAGAAAGUGCUGCUGCAGAUGAACUGCAAGCUGGGGGGAGAGCUCUGGGGGGUCGACAUCCCCCUGAAGCAGCUGAUGGUCAUCGGCAUGGAUGUGUACCACAACCACAGCAAAGGGGUGCGCUCCGUCAUCGGCUUCGUGGCCAGCAUGAACCACGUCCUCACCAGGUGGUAUUCCAGGGUGGUUUUCCAGAUGCCGCAGCAGGAGAUCGCCGACAGCCUCCGGCUCUGCCUGGCCGAUGCCCUCCAGCACUUCCAUGAGAUGAACCACUGCCUGCCGCGGAAGAUCGUGCUGUUCCGGGACGGCGUUGCCGACAGCCAGCUGGACACGGUGCUGCGCUACGAGAUCCCGCAGCUCCACAGGUGCCUGGAGACCUUCGAGAGCUACGCGCCGGGGCUGCUGGUGCUCGUGGUGCAGAAGCAGCACAGCACCAACCUGUACGUGCCGGCGGGAGAGCAGCUCGCGGCGCCUCCGCCGGGCACCGUCCUUGACCACACCAUCACCAGCUCCCAGUGGCAGGAGUUCUUCUUGCUGGCGCAUCACUCGCAGCAGGGCUGCAGCAUCCCCACGCGUUACAUCUGCCUGCUCAACACGGCCAACCUCAGCCCCGAGCACGUACAGAGGCUCACCUUCAAGCUCUGCCACCUCUACUGGAACUGGCCGGGCACGGUCCGCGUCCCCGCGCCCUGCCGCUACGCGCACAAGCUGGCUUUCCUGUCGGGACACGUCCUGCACCGGGAGCCCAGCGCCCUGCUCGCUCACAAGCUCUUCUUCCUGUGAGCCCCCAG